AUGAUAAGUUUUAAUCUAUAUUUAAUCUUCAUAAUACAAUAAGAGAUUUUUUUUUAUAAAAUAUAAUAAAAGCAGGUCGGUUAAUCAAAACUAUCUUAUAUUUGGUUGAGACAUUCAAAGCUGAAGAUAAAUGAAAAAUUCAUGUAUAAAAAACUGAAUCUUUUUUAAUCGUUAUAUUUAGAGAAAUAAUUUAUAUUGAAUAUUUUAAACAUUCUAGGUAUGGAUGAAAUGCAAUUUAGCGAGGCUGAAUCUAACAUGAAUAACUUAGUAUUGAGUAAUGAAAAAUUUCAAGUUAAUAUUGGAAAGAAGAACAAGAAUUUGAAAGAGAAGGAGAUUAAAUUUAAUCUUAUAAAUGUCAAUCAUAACAUAUAUAAAUUACAAAUUAUCUAAUUUUGA